GUGUUUGUUCUAGAAAAAGAAAAUCUAGAAUUUGGUUUAUUUUUCGAAUAUAAUAAAUAAAUACUAAAAACAAUAAUAAGUGUGUGAAUACUUCAUUCAUAAUAUUCUCGAUCUCAUCAUUACAUUAUCUCGAAUUCAAUUCGUUCUCGAUUUGAGGUUUUAAGGACUUCCGACUUGCGUAAAUCAAGCAAAUCUGUGUGUGUUACACUAGAGGGGAGGGAGAUAUGGCGGAUUCAGAAAGGAAGAUUAUUGAAGAAGUCUCAGGAGUUAGUGAUUUAGCAAAGGAGUUACAAGAUUCAGCAUCAAAUUUGAUUUCGAAAAGUACACAUGAAGAACAAUCUAUUAGACAACGAGCUAUAGCUCUUGGUUCUAAUAUUCGCACGCUUCAUUCUUCUAUUGCUUCUGCUGUUCAAAAUGGAGUUAUUGAUCGAAAAGAUGCUGAAAAGCUGGACGAAGAAUUGUAUAGAGCCAAGUGCCUUUUGAAUGAUGGAGAUGUUGCGUCAUUUCUUCCUAUCAAACAGCAUGGUGGUUUUCUGAGAAUGUUUCUUGGACCCAUAUGUGUACGCGCAAACAAGAAAGAUGUUCAAUUGAAAGUUAAAGAGGAAUACAAUAGUUAUAGAGAUAGAACGGCGUUUAUGUUUCUUCUGUUCCCAUCUGCUUUACUACUAUUAAGAGCAUAUGUUUGGAGUGGGUGCCUGCCAACGUUACCAGUUCAGCUCUACCAGGCCUGGCUUUUGUUUCUCUAUACAAGUUUGGCUUUGCGUGAGAACAUAUUGAGAGUGAAUGGAAGUGAUAUUCGUGCAUGGUGGAUAUAUCAUCACUAUUGUGCUAUGGUGAUGGCGCUUGUCAGUCUCACAUGGGAGAUUAAAGGUCAACCUGAUUGUUCGCAGAAGCAGAGAGGUGUUCAACUUUUUCUUCAAUGGGCAAUAAUGCAAGGAGUUGCCAUGCUACUACAAAAUAGGUAUCAGCGUCAGAGACUGUAUACUCGUAUUGCGUUGGGAAAGGCAAAAAGAAUGGAUGUGGUGUGGGGAGAAACUGCUGGUGUAGAUGGUCAAUUGUGGCUGUUAUGCCCCAUAUUAUUCAUUCUACAGGGUUUCGAAGCAUAUGUUGGAUUAUUGCUACUUAAGACUGCAAUGGUUGGUGUUGUCUCGGAGUGGCAGGUAAUAGUUUGUGGGAUCCUCCUGGUGUUAAUGGCGGUUGGCAACUUUGCCAACACAGUACAAACUUUGAUGGCAAAAUCAAGGUUCAAGGCAAAAAUGAAGAAAAGCAAGAGCAAGCAAGAGUUGGAAGGCUCUCCCAAGGAUUCGAGAUCAUAAUCCGCAAUACCUUACAAAAUGUCCCCAACAUUCUGUUUGUUAGUCGGCUUGAUCAUCUAUACCUUGUGAAAUGUGUUAUGUGGGUUUCUUUCCAGGUUUUGUCCCACCAAAUUGAUUUCUCAUAUUGUUCCAUGUAAGCAUACAACAUUUUGAUUUCAUUUUUUGUUUUUGUUUGGGUUGACCAUGGAAUGUAUGAGAUGCCUUGGCUUGAUGAAUAAUUAGUUAUUGCAAAUUGCUGACUAGGAAGCAUGAGAAGUUUUCCUUGAUUUUUCCCUUUCUAAACAAAUUGUAUACGCUUGAAUUUUCUCUUCAUUUUAUUUGUUUACCUAAGAGCAUCUCCAAUGGUAA